AUGAGUAACGAAAGACAACUUCCGUUUGCUGAUGCAGCAACCAUAGUAAGAGCACAUCAAAAGGAUGUAUAUUUUGAAUCAUCAUAUAGAGAUCAUUUACAAGAUUUAUUUCAAAUGAUAAAAGGACAGCGAUUUGUAAAUUCAUAUUCAAAAGAAAUAACAGUAUUAGCAAAAGCACUUUAUGUUGGAUUAACAACAUUAAUAGGAGCAAGGACUUUAGGAGAGGAAUAUGUUGAUUUAAUUUAUGUAACAAGAUCAGGUAAAAAAAUACCGAAAUUAUUACCAAGAUUAGGAUUUUUGGUAUCAUAUGCUAUAAUACCCUAUAUAAUAAAUAGAUUCAUCAAAUAUUUAAGAAUCAAAAAAGAACAAGAAUUAGAACUAAGUAAAACUAAUGAAACAAUGGAAUCAACAUACACAAAUUGGAUUAUAAAAUUUUUAUCAAAUUAUUAUUCAGUAUUGGAUACAUUAUUGAAUUUACAUAUAGCUAUAUUUUAUUUUAAAGGAGAAUUUUAUUCAUUAUCCAAAAGAUUUUUUGGAUUAAGAUAUGCAUUUGGUCAUCAUAAGGAACCUGAGAAAAUGAAAAGAGGUAAUUAUUCAUUAUUAGGUGGGUUGAUUAUUAUACAAUUUUUUGUUGAAAUGAUCAUGAAAUUAAAAGAGUAUAAUAACGAACUAAUUACAAAAGAAGAAUCAUUAAAAGAACUAGAUAAAUUAAAACAAGAUACAAAUAAUGAAUUAAGAAUUAAAAAUAUAAAUCAAUUAAACGAACUAAGUAAUAAUUUUGAUUCUAAAUUUUUAAUAGAUCUUAAUGAUUCAACUCAAUUACCAUAUUUACAAGAUAAUUCAAGAAAUUGUAUGUUAUGUUUAUCACCAAUGAUAACACCAUCUGCAGCAAAUUGUGGUCAUUUAUAUUGUUGGGACUGUAUAGUUGAUUGGAUAAGGGAAAAUCCUGAAUGUCCUUUAUGUAGACAACAAUGUUUAGAACAGCAUUUACUACCUUUAAGGUGA